AUGUCCAGCAGCAAGAAUGGGAGAUCUCAGGGGGAGGGCCUCCCUCUGCUGGCCUCCCACCCGCAGGGCGCCCUCAGGUCACACCUAGUGCUCGACCACGAGGAUCACGAGGUGCUUGACAAAUUCAGCGUCUCGCGCCUGCGCCGCGCACGUGGGGGCCGCGGCCGCGCCGUACCCUCCACCGUCCACGGCGCGCCGCUGGAUGCCGAGGAGAGCCGGGAGACGCUGGGGCGGCUGAAGCGCAUGGCCGGGUUUGAGGCCCAGGAUUUCGACCCUGUGGAAAACGACCUUCAGCGGGAGUUUGCGGUGCACCGCUCGGAGCACGAUUACGCCACAGCGGAGACCUGGAAGUGGCUGCUGUCCAUCCUGAUUGGAGCGGUGAUGGGUGUGCUAGCGUUCUUGGUUGACUGGGGAAUAGAGGCCAUGAACGGCUUCAAGUUUGCCACCGUGCGGGCGGCUGUGGCAGAGUCGGGCGGCUUUGUGGCGCCAUACCUCACACACGUUGGCAUCAGCCUCAUGUUUGCCCUGGUGGCUGGCAGCCUGGUCAGCUUUGUGGAGCCGCUGGCGGCGGGCAGCGGCAUCCCCGAGGUGAAGACGUACCUGAAUGGGGUGCACAUCAAGGGCCUGCUGACCAUACGCACCCUGGCCGCCAAGCUGUCGGGCAUCACCUUCUCCAUAGCUGCCGGGCUCAUCGCGGGUGGGUAUCUGGGGGGGCUGGCCGUAGGUGCGGGUGUGAGCAAGGAGGGCCCCUUUGUGCACGGCGGCGGCAUCGUGGGGGGCGGUAUCGGCGGCAUGGGCUCCCAGUCCAUCACGCAGGCGAGCCGGCAGCGGCGGCAGGCGUGGCUGCGCUGGCGGCGCGAGGUCAAGGCGCCUCACAUGCUGGGCGGCUACUUCCGCAACGCGGCAGACCACCGCGACUUUGCCGCCAUCGGCACCGCCGCGGGCGUGGCCACCGCCUUUGCCGCGCCCAUCGGCGGCCUGCUGUUUUGCAUCGAGGAGGGCGUCUCCUUCUACUCCACCUCCAUCUUCUGGAGGGGCUUCCUGGCCACCUGCGUGGGCGUGCUGACGCUGCACAUCCUGGCGGAUGCCAAGGACCACCCGGGGCGCCUCAUGGCAACCAAGUUUGGGCGGUUCCGAGACUUUGGCCUGUACACCGACAACUUUGCCGCCUACGGCUCCCGUAUGUUCUAUCAUGUGUGGGACGUGCCCAUCUUCUGCUGCAUAGGCGCGCUGGGCGGCCUGCUGGGGGCUCUCUUCAUCCAUCUCAACGUACGGGUCACCACCUUCCGGCAUAAGCACAUACCCUUUAGGCGAGUAUCCCCCUGGAAGCGGCUGGCAGAGGUGAUGUGCCUCAGCUUCAUCACAGCUUCCAUCUGGUUUGCCAUGGCCUGGAGCAGCCCCUGCCGCCCCCUGCCCUCCCCGGACGACCUGCAGUAUCUAGAAGCCGACGAGGACAAGAAUCUGGAGUUCCUGGCCGGCGGCGGCGAGCCCCCCGACGACGGCCUCGAGCACUUCCCCCGCCUCUGGUGCCCCAACGGCACCUACUCCGCCCACGGCCAGCUCUUCCUGGUGCCGCUGUCGCAGGUGGGGCGCCGCGCGGCGCGCGGGCGGGUGCCGGUGGGGCGGUGGCGGCGGUGGGUGGGCGGGAGCGCCGCCGCCUUCCUGGGGGGCAGCACGCGAAUGACGAUGACCACGACCGUCAUGGUGAUGGAGACGACAGGAGCGCUGCAGCUGAUCGUGCCGCUGAUGCUCACCGUCUUCUUCGCAAAGAUUGUGGGGGACCGGUACGGAGUGGGCAUAGACGACACGCACGUGCGGCUGCGCGGCGCCCCCGUGCUGGAUGAGCCCGCGCUGGACAUGAUAGACGACAAGCUGUCUGUGAGUGAGCUCAUGACCACCUCCCUCAUCGCCCUGCCGCCCGUGGUGCCCGUGCGGCGCCUGGCCUUCCCGGUGACGCCAGAGGUGGACAAGGCUCUGGGGUCAGAAGGCGCGCAUCCCUUUGAGCUGCACGGCGUCAUCCUGCGCUCCACGCUGCUCUACCUGCUGCGCUCGCGGCGCGGCCUGCUGGACCCGCAGCGCAGCAGCGGCCUGCCCGCGCGGCAGCCACCCGGCGGCAGCGGCGGCGGCGGCGGCGGCGGCGGCGGCAGCUUCCCGGGCGGGGCGGUGCUGUCUAACGGGAGCGUGGACUAUGCGGCGGCCGCCGCGGCGCAGCAGCUCGACGAGCGGCAGCACGUGCCGCGCACGCAGGCGGAGCGGCUGGCCGCCGUUGAGGAGAUGCAGCAGAUACCGCUUAAGAUCCGCGUGCGCGAGGACCAAGAGGCGGUGGUGGCGGGGCUGACCCUGGCAGAGUGCGACUCGCUCCUGGACCUGCGCCCCUUCAUGCAGCGCGCGCCCUUUGUCGUCAACGAGGAUGCCAGCCUGGGCAGGGGCUACAGGCUGUUCCGCACCAUGGGCCUGCGCCACAUGUUUGUGGGGCCGCCGCACCCGCUGGUGUCGGGCAUGGUGACGCGCAAGGACAUCAUAACGGACAACGCGCGGCUGGCGCUGGGGCGCAAGGCCAACCUGGGGCUGGUGGACUCCUGCGACGCGCGCAGCCUGCGCCGCACGCUGCCCUUUGUGCCCUUUGCUGCGUACGACCCCACGGCGGGCUCCUCCCGCCUGGGAGACAGCACUGCCAGUCUGCUGGCGCGGCCGGAGGCCGGUGCGGCGGCCGCGGGUGAGGAGGGGGCCGAGGGUGGGGAGGUGGCGGGCACGCACCUGCCUCAGGCCAUCACGCAGCGGCGGCGGGGCGGCGAGGCGGAGCUAGCAGCGGUGGGAGUCGAGGCCUAA